AUGCGGAAGAGAUCGGUAAUCACGACGUUGUCUGCAGUUUCGUCCGCUCGAUCAGCUCGAGCUUCUGAACUGCGGUCGUGGUGUCUACGUGGUCCGACGACUGGGUCACUUUGGCUCUUGAGGUGGGAGGAAAAAUGUCGUCAGUCUGACGGAUUCCUACAGGACCAGUUAACCAGGCCUAUGAUGGUCUGGCUGUAUCAUCGGUCAACCUAUCGACUUGUUGGCAUCCGCCCUCCUCGCUCUCAGCCGGACCUGACUCGAGCUCUAAGCCGAUGCAGCCACGUUUCAAUACAGUCGGUAGCGAGGCUAUCUGGCGGCUAUCAGGAGCCUGAUUGGUGUGGCCGUAGGCAAGGUGAACUCUACCAUGCCUCAUCCCACCUCACUUCCCUCCACUCCACUCCAUAUCACAUCACACCACACCACCUCCACUUUUACUCGGUGGAACUAUAA